AUGAGGAUCUUCCAGGCUGGCCCUCUCGCCAUUGCUCUCUCUGUCUUUACAGGAGUUGCCUCCGCUUCCAUUUUCCAGAACCACACUUAUGACUACAUUGUAGUCGGUGGUGGCCCUUCCGGUAUCAUCAGCGCCGAGAAGUUCGCGAAGGCAGGAAAGAAAGUUCUCCUCCUUGAGCGAGGUGUCGGACCAACUGUCGCCACCGGUAACAAUGAGACACUCACAUGGGACCACUCAUUGACUCCCAUCGAUCUUCCGGGCCUGUCCGCCAAUAUCGGCGCGCUCGAUGUCUGGAACCAGUAUAUGUGCACCGACACCGCUGGCAAUGCUGCCUGUGUGCUUGGCGGUGGUGUAACUGUCAACUAUAUGGUCUUCGUCCACCCACCAGCCCGUGACUUCGACGACAAAUGGCCCAAGGGUUGGAAGUGGAAGGACGUUGAGUCGGCUGCAGACCGACUCUACAAGCGCAACCCCGGAACUACCCUGCCCUCUGCCGAUGGCAAGCGAUACGACCAGAGUCUUUACGCUGUACUGUCCAAGUUCCUCGGUGGCCUUGGUUGGAAGUCCGUGGAUAUGAUCGAGCAGCCGAAUGAGAAGCACCAGAUCUACAGCUACCCGUCCUGGAACGUGCAGGACCAGAUGCGUGCAGGCCCUGUCCGCACCUAUCUCCCCGAUGCUGUCAAGCUGAACAACUUCCACCUUGCUCUCCGUACCAAGGUUAUUCGCUUGGUCCGUUCCGGCGGUCAUGUCACUGGCGUCGAGAUUCAGACUGCCUCGGGCCGCUCCGAGGUCAUCAGCGUUGCUCCCCACGGUCGCGUGGUGCUGGCUGCCGGUGCUCUGUCUACUCCCCGCCUGUUGUGGAACUCCGGUAUUGGUGGUAAGACCCAGAUUGAAACUGCGAAGAAGAGCGGUGUUGCCGUUCCUCCCAAGGCUCAGUGGAUUGACCUGCCUGUCGGCGUGGGUCUCAUGGACCACCCCAUUUUCCCGAUCACCUUCAACACCAACGCCUCAUUUGGCCUUGUUGAUUACGAGGGGGUCCUUAACGGAACCGACUCUCGCGAUAUCUCCCUCUACCGCAAGGGCAACGGUGUGCUGACCCAGGGCAAGCACCGCAUGAUUUUCUUCACCUCGGAGGAGAUUGAUGGCCACACUCAGUACUACCAGGGCUCGUGCGCGCCUACUGAUGAGGGCGUGGUAACGAUCACCGCGUACAUGACCCAUGGACUCACGUCGACCGGUGUUCUGGGACUUGAUGUCAGUGGAAAGACUGUCAUUGAGAAGUCGCCUUACCUCCAGACCGCUGCUGACCGGAAGGCCGCCCGCACUUUCGUUCAGAAAAUGGUCCAGGACAUCACGGCGCCCUCCACUGGGUUUGAGCUGGAGACUAACACCAAUGUCUCGGCCAUCAUUAAGGCCCAGACUCCUGGUACACACUACACCAGCACCGCUAAGAUGGGUACCGAUGAUGGCCGCAAGAAUGGCACUUCCGUUGUCGAUACCAACACCAAGGUUUACGGAGUGGAUAAUUUGUUCAUUGUUGAUGCCAGUAUCCACCCCGACCUUCCGACCGGUAAUAUUCAAGCUGCCGUCAUGGUGGUUGCCGAAGCCGCUGCCGUUAAGAUCUUGUCCAACUAG